CGGCCUUCGAAGUUCGUCUUUAGUCCACAUAUGGUGGACCUUUCAACAUCAGUUGACUGUACUCGACGUCAACAUGUCUUCGCAAGACCCGUACGAUCGAGGGGAGUGGGAGCGUGAGCGAGGCGACUGGGAUCGGGAGCGACGAGAACGAGAGUGUGCAAAUGAUGGGGGAGAACGGAGGUCAUAUGGGCCUCCUACGUGCUUUGCAUGCCAGGAGGUUGGGCACUACACCAACCAGUGCCCGAACCGCAACAAGAGAUACUCGAGUGCCAGACCUUUGAAGUCAACUGACUCGAGACGCUCGCGAACACCGAAACGACACGAAACUGCUAGACGCGAACCUGCGCGACAACUCGAUCCGGAGGUUCGAGUUACCAUUGCGAAAUUGGGUAAGAGUGUUGCGGCUAUGGAGGAAUAUUAUGCAACGGAACGUGAGAAGAAGGAGUUGAAGGUGAAGCGGAAGUUGGAGAAAGAAGAGGCGCAGCGACGCGCAGAGGAGGAAGCGGCGCGUGUUGAAGAGGAGCGGAUCAAGGCCGAGAAGAAGGCAUGGAAGCGGAAGCAGAAGAAGCUUGCCGAGGAAGAAAGGCGAGCCGAGAUGCAGAAAGAUUUGCAGGUCCAGUUAGCCAUUCACGUGGGGGACAUGGAAGACCGCCUUGUCCAUCGUUUGAACCAACUUGUUUCGACUGCCUCUCCGUUGUGCCGUGACCGUGGGAUGAAGAAGGUGACUUACGUAUCCGAUGUGGAUGCUGGUUCAUCAAGUGCGGGCAGUGAUAGUGACACCAGCGUUACGCAGGAACUGAGUGCACGGGCGGAGCGAUUGACGAUCUGCGAAAAACGAAAGUGGGGCCUUGAACCUGUCUUUGAAGACCCGAGUCCACCAAUGGAGCAGCCUGCCAAGUGUACACCUAGGCGUGGGAUACUGAAGCCCGUGAAGCUGUCGAGGCGCUUGACACGGUCAAAGUCAAAGAAAGGCGGUGGUGGUCUUGCUCCCACUUCGAGAAAGAAGAAGGCGACACGCAAGCGGACACCAGCGUUGACGCCGCAAUCUAAAGUUACGCUCGAGCGCCUGCGGUACCGUGAGAAUGUACUGCGUGAGCUCAAGGACCUCGAUGCGACUGAAUUGCAGCGCAUUUGUCGUGAGGAGGAAAUUCAUUAUGACAAGAAGAUAGAAGCGAUCUUUGAUAUCGCUGAUCACAGGACCGACCGGGCGUUCUUGAUCGCUUCGGAUAACAUCGAACGUAUAGCCAUGUCCAACGAUACGACGGUUGAGCCAGAUGUUGCCCCUACCGAUGAGGGGUGAAGUGUCCUCUCCAUACCACAGUUGUGGAAGGUUUGCCGAUUUUUAACCCACCUCCGCUGCGAUUCCACCGGUGUAGAUAGGAGUGUGGAGAAACUUCUCCGCCUUGUUUUUCUGUUAUUGGCGGUGCAGGGCCAGAUACGCUGGGCAGAUAAAUGUGUUGCUAACUG